AUGACUCUUGCUCGUCGGCUCUUGACGUUGAUAGUCGCAGCUAUCUCGACCGGAACGGUGGUGAUGGGCGAUCCACAAUGGUCACCGCCAAGCCAGCAUCCCAUCGGCAGUAAGCAUACCAUCAUCCGGUCGCAUCGCACCUUCGAAGAGACCAGAGCGACGCUUGAGGCGUCCAUCCCGCCGCUGAACACCACUUACAGCACUCUUCUGGCGGCAGGAGAUAUCGCUGGAGCACUCGCUGCCUUGGAGGCGCUGCCACCCCUGAACAACUUCGUCGCGUCCCAGCGGGACUUCGGUCGGCUGCUCCAAGUCGUAGGAGAGAGCGGCAAGGCGGUCCAAUACGAGAUCGGAAAUCCGCUGACGGCAACGAGAUUGAACUGGAUCGAGAUCAGGGUCGCACUCUACGUGCCUAUCCGGGUGCUGUUGCGCGUGGAUAGCAGUGGAGAAGUGGCCUUCGAAUACGACCAACUCGAGGGCUUCACAAGCCGGUUCAGGAACAGGGAGGUGAAUGACAUAGCCGGGCAGUUGGAUCGGAACUUGACACGUGUGUUGCUCGAAGCUGCGGGUUGGCUGAAGAUGGGUCAAUUGGGAGAGCUAUGA